AUGGUAGUCCACAAGAAGUUGUGGCUCCUCCACACCCACGCCGUCGCCGGAUACCUUGGCGGCAUUCUCACCGGAAUCUUCGCCGAGCCCGUCCUUUGCUCCAUCUUCCUCCCCAUCACCAACUCACGCAGCAGCGUCUACGGCGGCGUCCAGGUCUUCAAGCAGAUCAUGGGCGGCGGAUUUAUCAUCGGCUGGAACGUAGUCGUCACCUCCGUCAUUUGUGUUUUAAUUAGUUUUGUUGUCCAGCUAAGGAUGCCGGAGAAGGAGUUGCUGAUCGGAGACGACGCUGUGCAUGGAGAGGAGGCGUAUGCUUUGUGGGGCGAUGGGGAGAGAAGUACGAUUCCACGAAGCACGGCGGCAUGUCGGAUGAUAUGCCACCGCCGCCUCCUCAGCACAGGGCGCCGCCGUAGGUGGUAUAUAUAUGUUUUACAUGAUGAAAUGCUGUUGAUGGUUUUUACGUUUUUACCCUUGUGA